AUGGACAAGACCGAACCGCGCGGGGGUUCAGACUCCGAUCCUGACUACAGCGACCACAGCCCCGCGUCCUUCCACGAAGCGAAACAGGAGCUACCAGAUGAUUUACCCAAGUCGCUAGACGAUCGUCGCACAUUUCCGGGCUUCCAGCAGGAAACGGAAAUGUACGAUGCUUGGCAGGGUCAAUCGCAAUUCCUGACUACACCGAUCGCCGCCAAACCGUUAUCCUUUAACCUCGCGCUCGACGACCACUCGCACGAUAGCGAACACGAGUUACGGACGCACUAUGGCCGCGAGCUCGAAGACAGCGAUGCCAGACUCAUGGAGAUGUUAGCUGCCCAGGCUGCCCACAGGGAGGUGGACUCGCUCAGUGCAGACGAAGAGACAAUCGCCGCCGAUGAGAAAUUGACCGAUGACGAAAAGCGCGAUAUUCUGCAGAAGAGCUUGAACAUGGCUGCUAGUAACGGGGAUGUGGACCGCGUGCGGAAACUGGUACAGGGUCAAGCGAGGACUUACGUGGACGUUAAUAAGCCCGACGAGGAGGGUACUGUGCCGUUAAUAUAUGCCAGUUGCUUUGGCCAUCAAGAGGUGGUUUCUGCGCUGAUCGAUGCUGGGGCGAUGGUGGAUCGACAAGAUCGCAAUCAAUGGAGCGCUUUGAUGUGGGCUAUGACCAACCGACACAAAACGAUAGCUAAGGUUCUACUCGAUCACGGUGCAUCCCCGGAUAUUAAAUCAUCGUCUGGCGGUACGGCCCUCGAUUUUGCGCAGCCCGGCAGCGAGAUCUCGGAAUAUCUGCAUGAAAAUGGUUACAAUUUUGGCUCUGGGGCUAUCGAUGAUGACUUCUAUGACGCCGGGCUGGCACAUGGCCGAUUCGAAGAAGAGCUUGCCGAGAGUGAAAUGAAGCGGCGGAUGAUGAUGGAAGAGAGCGCGAUCAAUCUAGAGGUUGAUUUAUCGAGCCUGGGUCUAGACGAGAAAUUCGAGCCAUCUGACGAAGAUGAACUCGAAGAAGACCAGCAGGAGUUUGUUUGGGACAAGUGUUUGAAUGACCAAAUGUUUGUGUUCCAGGACCAUGAGCUCGAGCGAAUUUUGGAUAUCAUCAUUACCAACAUGACACCGCAACGGUCUCCUUCCCAGAAGCCGGUGCCUGCAAACCUGCUCUUCCUCAGUGCGCGAUAUGCACAUUACCAUGCCAGUCCAGAGCUGCUCACAACGCUGCUCACCUCUGCAAUGGAAAAGAUCAACGAUGUCGUAGAGCGGUAUCAAUGGGAUAUGACGAUGCAAGCCUUUUGGCUGUCAAAUGUCACGCUUCUCCUCCACUACCUGAAGAAGGACGGGGGCCUCGUGGAAUCUACCGUCGAGUUCCAACUUCAUUUGGCGGAGCUGAUCAACGAGAUCUUCGUCCUUGUCAUUCGUGAUGCCGAGCGCCGAAUGAACAAAGUCCUGGAUGCCGCAAUGCUGGACCAUGAAACCAUCCCCGGACUAGAUGACAUCGCGUUCCAAAACGAGUGGAAGCUCUUCCGCAAGAACAAAAGCAAAAAUCCCGAACCUGACGAGAAGCGCUUCCGUCCUCCAUCUCCGCGCCGUCGUGCACAGAUCUCUCCCCGAAACAUCACCUCUUUACUCUCCUCGACCCUCUUUGUGCUUGAUCUCUACGACGUCCACUCCGUGAUCACCACCCAAAUCCUCUCCCAGCUUCUUUACUGGCUCAGCGCUGAGAUCUUCAACCGAAUCAUGAGCACAAAACGCUACCUCGCGCGCACCAAAGCAAUGCAGAUCCGUAUGAACGUCUCAACGUUAGAGGAUUGGGCUCGUUCCAACAACCGUGUACCCGAUCACUAUGAAAAUGGGUCCACCAACAGCACCGGCGAGACCACAAUCGACUCUGCCCGCCGACAUCUAGCCCCCGUUAUCCAACUUCUCCAAUGGCUGCAGUGUUUCUCCUCACUCGGCGAUGACCAUGAAUCCCUAGUGACAACCCUCCUCCAACUCCAACAACUCACACCCGCUCAGCUGCUCCACGCCGUGAAGUCGUACCGACCCGAAGUCGGCGAGAAAGGCCUGACCAAGCAGGCAAUGAAAUUCCUCAUCGAAAUGCAGCACAACCCUGAACUGCCUCACACGGAACAGCUGAGGAUCCAAAUUGAGAAGGCCCAGGCGGAGGCAGGCCCGGGACCCCAGCAACCCCAGCAACCGGAUCGACCCAAAACCCCACUGAACCAAGAUGCCUCUUCUCCAGACCCCGCUCUGUCCCCGGGCGAGGCCACCUCACGACCCACAAGUAUAGUGGCCAUCCGGAAUGACGAGCGCCCUGGCGGCGGUAACAGUGUCUUCUUGGACCCCACCCUUUUCCUCCCCUUCUCCCUCCCCACUAGUACAGACAUGCUUGUCAGUUACGGCGCCGGCUUUGGUGGUACAAAUCGUGAACGGGCGCGCAAGUACAUCCCCACCGUCCCGCCCGAGGUCCUUAGUCGCUUUGAUCGUGGCGAUGCAUAG